AUGACAAAAGGAAGCAACGUCAGCCUGAUGGAGCUACGCUGUGUCAUUGCCGUCAUCCGACAUGGAGACAGAACGCCCAAACAGAAGAUGAAGAUGGAAGUUCGCAACCCAAUGUUCUUUGAUCUUUUUGAAAAAUAUGGAGGCUACAAAACAGGGAAAUUAAAGCUGAAGAAGCCAAAGCAACUGCAGGAGGUGCUGGACAUCACACGGCAGUUGUUAGCAGAACUAGGACAGGACAAUGACUGCGAGAUAGAAGAGAAGAAGUCUAAACUGGAGCAGCUGAAGACUGUUCUGGAAAUGUACGGCCACUUCUCAGGUAUCAACAGGAAAGUGCAACUAACUUACUUGCCCCAUGGGCAGCCCAAAACCUCAAGUGAGGAAGAAGAUACGCGUAAGGAGGGUGCAUCUCUGCUGCUGGUGCUGAAGUGGGGGGGAGAGCUGACUCCUGCUGGCAGAGUCCAGGCUGAGGAGCUGGGCAGGGCCUUCCGCUGUAUGUACCCCGGGGGUCAAGGAGACUAUGCUGGAUUCCCAGGCUGUGGGUUACUGCGGUUACACAGCACCUACAGACACGACCUGAAGAUAUACGCGUCCGAUGAAGGCCGGGUGCAGAUGACGGCCGCUGCUUUUGCAAAGGGUCUGCUGGCGCUGGAGGGGGAGCUGACACCCAUCCUGGUACAGAUGGUGAAGAGCGCCAACAUGAACGGGCUGCUAGACAACGACAGUGACUCGCUGAGCAGCUGCCAGCACCGCGUCAAGGCCCGACUGCACGACAUCCUGCAGAAGGACAGGGACUUCAACGAGGAGGACUUCGACAGGCUGGCCCCAACCUGUACUUCUUCUGUGGUGAAUUCAAUGAAGAUUGUGGAGAACCCUGUGGCCACAUGUGACCAGGUCUACGCCCUCAUUCAGAGUCUCACCUCGCAGAUCCGCAAAAGGAUGGAGGACCCCAAGUCAGCUGACCUGCAGCUGUACCACAGUGAGACUCUGGAGCUGAUGCUGCAGCGCUGGUCCAAACUCGAGAGAGAUUUCCGCAUGAAGAACGGCCGCUACGACAUCAGUAAAAUCCCAGACAUCUACGACUGUGUGAAGUACGACGUUAUCCACAACGCCACUCUGGGCCUGGAGGACACACUGGAGCUGUUCAGACUGUCUCGAGCUUUGGCCGACAUCGUCAUCCCACAGGAAUAUGGCAUAAAUAGAGUGGAGAAGUUGGACAUAGCAUACACCCACUGCCUCCCACUGGUCAGAAAGAUCCAGCUCGACCUGCAGAGGACCCACGAGGACGAGUCUGUCAACAAGCUGCACCCUCUGUACUCUCGAGGGGUGAUGUCUCCUGGGCGCCAUGUCAGGACACGUUUGUAUUUCACCAGUGAGAGUCACGUCCACUCCCUGCUCAGCAUUUUCCGCUACGGUGGCUUGCUCGACGAGGAGAACGACCAGCAGUGGAAGCGUGCCAUGGAUUACCUCAGCGCCGUCUCUGAACUCAACUACAUGACUCAGAUUGUCAUCAUGCUGUAUGAGGACAACAAUAAGGAUCUGGCCUCUGAGGAACGCUUCCAUGUGGAGCUUCACUUCAGCCCCGGUGUGAAAGGCGUGGAGGAGGAGGAGAACGCACCGACCGGCUUCGGCUUCAGGCCCGCUUCUGCAGAGGUAGCCCGGCAGAACGGGCAGAAGCAGACGGAUCCCGGCAGCCUGGAGGACCUCUCGCGAGAUGAGACUGACCGCGCCGUGCCGCUGUCUGAGCCAAUCACCAUUCAGAGGAAGUCCCCACUCAUACGCAAUCAUAAGACAGGAUCCAUGGAGGUUCUGUCAGAGACAUCUUCCUCCAAAGUAGGCAGUUAUCGCCUCUUCUCGUUAUGCUCACGUCAAUCCCCCGAGAUGAAGCAAAGUGGAUUAGGCUCUCAGUGCGCCGGGCUCUUCAGCACCACUGUCCUAGGUGGGUCCUCUAGCGCCCCUAACCUGCAGGACUACGCACGCGCACAUCGCAAAAAAUUCUCCUCCGGCAGUCUGUCCUACAAAGACGAGUUGUUGUCAAUGCCGGCAGUAAAACGAUUUUCUGUGUCGUUUGCAAAGUUUCCGACUAAUGGAACUAAAGAUGACACAUCGGCCGUAGCAGUGGCUCCACCUGUCUGGUGCACUGCAACAGGUACGACGGCCCCCCGCCCUCUGAUGCAGUUUUGUGUUGGCACCAAAUGUCCAGCUGCAGCUUUGUGUCGAAGCACAAUAAGAUGACGACAGUCCUACAACCCUAGAUUUAGCUGCACAUGUUAAAGCUGCUGCGCUGUUUGUUUGGGGAGGCGGCUACGUUUUAUUUUGGGCUACAUCGCUUCCUGUAAAUGUAUUGUGUUGCUUCUUUGUGGGUUCUCAUGGAUUGGUUUGUAUGAAAAUUAAUUGGAGAGACGGCAGAGGAGCAACUUGUUUUAAUUUCAAUCGUGUCGUCAAAAGCUUUGCUUAAUUUGCUGGAUUUUUGUAGCUGAGGUGAUUUGCUGCUUCUCCUGAUCUUUGGCUGUUUGGCUGCCUCUUCUGUGUACAGCACACACCAGAGGUGUGGACUCGAGUCACAUGAUUUGGACUCGAGUCAGACUCGAGUCGUCAAUUUGAUGACUU